AACACAGAUCGCUAUAGACCGGGAAUCCCCUUGACGCACUUCAGUUUUUGAGACUGCAGACGAAACGCAGACAACGCUUGGAGAACUAGUGUUUGUUGUAUGUGAGCGGAGGUUUAUUGUUAAACUUAUCAACACAUAUCAAAGGAAAUGCCGCCUACAGCCGCUAAGCGUGACCCCGAAACGGAGAACCAGGCGAUGGACUGGAUCGAGGCCAUCACGGGAGCCAAGCUGGACCGCAGCCUCGAGUGGCCGGAUCAGAUCAAGGACGGCAUCACACUCUGCAAUCUGAUGAACAAGCUGAUGCCAGGCUGCAUCAAGAAGAUUGACACAAAGGGAGGCGGGUUCGCUCUCAUGCAAAACAUCGAACGCUUCAAUAAGGCGGCCCUGGAGUACGGAGUUCCGGUACGCGAGGUGUUCCAGACGGUGGACCUUUGGGAGAAGAAGAACGUCCCCGCUGUCACAUUGGCGAUACAUGCUCUGGGGCGUGUGGCGCAAACAAGAGAUGACUAUAAGGGACCUAUCUUGGGCCCAAAAAUGGCGGAAAAACAGGAAUGUAACUUUACACCGGAACAGCUAGCCGAGGCAAAGAAUACCGUGAACACCGCCAUGUAUGGUUCUAACACAGGCGCCAAUCAGGCCGGUAUGUCGUUCGGGAAACAGCGAUUGAUGUAAACUUCCGGCUAAAGAAAUUUAGAGAAUUUUAAAUUUUAAGAAAUACUCAUAAUAAAAUGUGUUUUCAUGAUUAUAUGUAGCAGUGUUGUUUUGUUUUCUGAGUCGAAUGUUUGCUCUGUCCAACAACAUAUUUGCUGACUAUAAAUUCGAAACGUUUGUUGGUAACGUAACAUGCACAUAUUAAAAUGUUUUAAGAUAAAAUGUAGCGAAUUCGUAUUUAAACAAUCCACUAAUGCAGGUUAUUAAAAACGUCAACACAUGUUGUGCACUGUAAAACAUAUGUGUGUGUGUGUGUGGAUUUAUACUGUGAAUAUUAUAUUAAGUUUACUUUGUUCAGUUUUAUGAAAUAUAUGUUUUGGUUCCAUUUCAUAACUGCCUUGUUUUAAUAGUUAGAUAUGUAUAUCAUGUUAUGUAUUAUUUAAUAAAAUAUAUUAUUCGUAAUAAAAUGUAGAUAGCUA